AUGGGUGACGGCAUCUGGGUCGCCUUUGGCGCCCGCUUCCAAGCAGCCCAGCUUAUGCAGCAACGUCCCUCUAACCAGCAGGUCGACGCGCCCGCGAAGCAGGAACGCACGGCUGCGCAGCGCUCCUUGCAGCGCUCUUUGCAGCGCUCCCUCACCCCGUUCGCGACGCACCAGUCAACCGUCAAAAUGCCGCGACUGUCUCGUAUCUCGAGCUACAUUGGUCUCAGCGCUGCUGCGAAGAUUCAGGCUCCUACCAUCCCCAACUUCCCGGAGCUCAUCGUGCAGACAAGCGAGUGGACCAAGUCUGGAGACACCUCUGACCGCGAGGCUGUUCGCGACAAGCCAGCUGGAGUCUUGCGCACUGUCUCUAAUGUUGAGAAUGAGUAUGCCUACAGGGAGGCCGACAGUACCUGGCACAACCCUACUCUCCAACAGAUGAUGGAGACCGUUGGCUGCACCAUCAUGACCAAUGGAAUUUCGGAGCCUAUCCCUCGUCACCUCAACGGAUUCGUAGCUGGCAUGAUCGAAGAGAUCAGAAUUCAGAUCAGCCGUAUGGCGAGGCUGCAGGCUAGCUUCGACGAGGUGCAACAGACCUGUGAGAAGCAGGCCCAGGAGUCGAAGAAGCGCGAGAAUGCUCUGAAGGCGAAGGUCUCUCGCCUGGAGCACAUCAUCGCCCACACUCAGCAGGAGGGUGCUGACUCGGUUCUCGAGGAUCGAGCUGGAAGCGUCUGCGUUCACAAUGACGAGGAGAAAGCAUUCGAGGCUAUGAUCAACAACCUUCUGAGCAAUGACGAAGGUAAAUGCCAGACGAGAUUUCGAACCAUGACCAAGGUCGUCAACACGUCACUGCCGCCAAUGACGGCGCAGAACAGACAAUUGCUGCGCGAUCGCGAUUCAGUGGCCACACGCAUCCAGCGCCUUCAGACCAAGCGUGAUAUUGAGCAACAGGAGAUUCAGGCCCGUCAGCUUGUCACUGCCCCGGAAUAUCCUCGUACACGAAGUGGUUUAGCCUCAAAGAACACCUCGCCCCGUAAAUCUGGUUCCUCGACUACCACGGCGUCCAGUCGCAACGCCAAAUCCAGCCCAUCUGCCUCGUUGAUCACACAGGGUCUCCUUGCUGAGAGGGCAGCUCAGAGCCAUGUCACGCCGCAUACGACCCCGCCUCGUCCUGCCCCAGUUCAGAACAACGGCAAUGACGCGUUUUGCGCCAUUCAAGAGCUCGUCAAGCUCAACGGUGGCCUUCCAGAGGAUGCUAUCGACGAUGGCAGCAGCUACGAAGCCUCCUUCGUCCCACCGCGCAACCAUCGCCAGUACAAGAUCGGCGGCGCUGACGACAAGUCUCAGAUUGGCGGCAAGCUGUGUGCAGCGCCGUCGAAUAAUACAAUCAACAACCCCUUUCGGUCCGGCCCGCAAUGCGCCCAACCAACAACAGUUCGAGCGAUAGCGUCCAGCCCAGAUCGCCAGGCCGUAAACCAAGAAACGAGCAACUUUACACACAACGGAAUCGAGCUACAACGUUCAAGUGAGAUCCGGGACUCUGGCGGCUCAAAGAGCUCUCAGAGAUCUCGCUCUUCUGUCCUGGUGUCUAUGGGACGCAAUCUCGUGGAGGAGCGCCGCAAAAAUGCUGAAGGGUCUGGCAGCAGCAACAGCUCAACAAAGAGCACCCCCACCCGCAAGGCACAGAGCGGCGAGAAUCCUUUGCCGGAUAAGGCCACAAACGACCUGGUCUUCAGCGCGGUGGGCACCGCGCUCCUUCUCGUCGAUUUGGUGUCCAGAGAUCGAGAGGUCUUGUUCGUCCGCCGCCAGGAUUCGAGCACGUCGGUACUGCCGCCAAGCGUCAUAUUCGUCCGCCUCCUGGGUUCGAAGGCGUUGCUUCUGCACAGCGCAACCAGGUUGCUGUCCCUGAUGAGCAAGGCCCUGUUCGGCCGCCGCCAGGCUUCGAGCACGUGGUUCCUGGACGGCAGCAGCAGCAGCAGGCCAUUCGACCGCCGCCAGGCUUCGAGCACAUGGUUGCUGGACAGCAACAACAACAACAAGCCAUUCGACCACCACCAGGAUUCGAGCAUUUGGUCCCUGGUGUGCAACAGCGUCCUAUCGGACCGCCACCAGGCUUCGAGCACCUGGUCCCCGUUGGUCAACAUCCCAUCCGCCCACCGCCUGGAUUCGAGCACAAUAUCAUCCCUGCUCAACACAUUCAGGAUGCUGGACCCGAUGUUGGGCGUGCCAUUCGGCCACCACCAGGCUUUGAACACAUGGCCCCUGGCGCUCAGCAGCCUAUUCGGCCGCCUCCUGGAUUCGAAGGCAUGUUUCCUGCUCAACAAAACCAGGACGCGGUUCCCUUCUUCAUCACGACUCUGCACCGACCAGCAGAGGCAGAACUUCAAGUCGAGGCCUAGAUAA